AUGGCGGGCCUGGAGGGCGACGACGCCGGAGCGGUCUUGGAUCACGUCGUCACCCAGUUUAACACCUAUGAGGAUUACCUGGAUUCGCAGAUCACUACGCAGGACCUGUUUUACUUGGAGAAUGAAGAAAUGGCCCGCCAGCUGGUGGAGCUGGGCUUCCGGGGAAGUGGAGAGGUGCUGAAAAGGGAAGAUUUUGUUACGAGGAAACUCGCAGCUGAGGCUUCAAGGUUCUCAGAAAGACACCAGAAAAAAAUUCUAGCAAGUGCAGGAAAAGAGCUGAAAGACAACUUUCUGAAGGUGUUGGCAGAGAGGGAGGAAGCCAACCGAAACGGGAAAAUGUCUUCUAUAAUCUUCAUUCGGGACAGAAAUGCCCGUGGCCAGGAGGUAUCUGCAUAUAUCGACUAUGCCCACAGGUUGAAGGUGGAUGAAUUUGACGUCUAUUUCAGUGGCAAGAAGAAGCUUUUUCCCAGGCGCACUGAUCUGAGUUUCUACAACUGGGAUAGGAACAUCUGCUGCUUGAAUUCAAGUCCAAGCUACCAGGUGAUUGCAGAAAACGUUUGCGGCUUGCUCUUCAAGAACAAGGCUGACAGGAAGGUCAUCAAUGUGGACCCCAAGGCUUAUCCAGGGGACAACACGACCCGAACGCCAGUGGAAACAGACCUGUACCUGCAGUUGGUGAUCUACGACCACGUCCUCAGAAGAAAGCUUUAAGCACCGUUUCUCUCCUGGGGCAUAUACACCGGCAGGAGUGUUCAUGUGUGUGUGGUGCUGGAGUGAGGAGGCUACUCUCCAAGGACCGAAUUCAUGGAGACCCCUUUGGCUGUUUGCUCAUGAGACCCUGUAGCUACGUAUACUUACC